CCAAACAUUGCAGUUUUUGUUUGCGAUGAGCCCAAGGCUGAAGGGUUGUUGUGUGCUGAUUCCCAUUCUUCGCUCGCAGCCAGUCGUAUAUAGGAUGAAAGGCAGGGUCAGGGAGACUUAAGGCGAAAAUUGUCCGUCUUGAUCAUUGGAACGUCUGUAAAUAACUACUACCAAAGAAACGUGGGCAUUUUCGCUCCCUCCCUUCUCUCUCCCAGAGUCCUUUGCGCCCAGAAUAUGACAUCAGAGCAGCUCUGACAGCGCACCCGGGCUGCUGAUGCGAGUGUCUCUCUCUCUCUGCUUGGGCAUCCUCGGGCACCUGGAUCUGACUAUAAAAGCCUGGCAGCAUGGGGGCACCUGAACACUGGAGCUGCGACCUCAGCCUACUCCUUUCCCUCUUAGUGAUUGUAUCUGCGGUGUCUGCGGCGGAUCCUUUUGACUCCCAACUGGGGGACAUCACCUCCUGCAGCAAGCAGUGUCAGCUCAUCGUCCAGCAGCAGCAGCAGAGCUCAGUCCAAGAUCCCGUCAUUGCUGCUUGUUCUAGGGGCUGCCGGCUGUUCUCCAUCUGCCGCUUUGUGGAUGUCACUGCUGAACUCAACACUACAAGAGCUGAAUGCGAGUCAGCCUGCAUUGAAGCCUAUGCCAAAGCUGAUGAACAAUAUGGAUGUAUCACUGGCUGCAGAAAACAGCUGCCUGAAGUUGAAAACCAGAAAGAAAAGAUGGUGGAUCUCAAGCUUCCUUCAUAUAUUUCCGUGUUUGACCUCAUAUCUGGCUUCUGCAGUGACAUUGUCAGCUCAGCCCAGAGUUUUAUUUCCUCUACUUGGACCUUCUACCUUCAGGCAGAUGAUGGAAAGGUGGUUGUUUUCCAGUCUCAGCCAGAGAUUGAGUUUCCAGCUCUAGAGCUGCAAGCUCCACGAUCAGAUGUCACAGAGAAAACAUGGAUUUCAUCCAAAAUCAAGCCACAUUCAGGCCUACGAGACAGGACAGAGAAACCACAAAGAAAGGAGUCCAAGAUGAAACAUAAAUUGCCUCAUAUGGAGACCCCACAAUCCGAGCACGAUUUCUUAGGCUGCAUGUCCAAGCGCUCAGGGUUGCCACGCUGGAUCUUGGCUGCUUGCCUCUUCCUCUCUGUCAUUGUGAUGUUGUGGCUCAGCUGUGCAAGUCUGGUGACUGCUCCUGAUCAGCACAUAAAGGCACAGCCCCUGAGUAUAAAUGGAGACAAGGAGUACCUUGAAGAUAUUGAGAAACCUGCCCCCUUUCCUCUACAGCCCGUUGUUGCUGUUACUAUUUGCCCUACAGAAGAAAGCGAGGAGGCAGGACCUCUCCCUGUCAAAUUGGACAUGGACAAAACCAUCAUCUAACGGUCUUUGAUAAACCUGUAAUGCUAUGGGGGGGGGUGCACCACAAUACAUCUCCUGUAGCAUUAGAGGGGGUAAUUGUCUUGUUUCACUGGUCUCUUUUGCUUCCUUUUGUUGCAGAGCAUCAAGAUGGUUUAUCAGCAACAGAAAAACAAACCACGAUUGGUCUAAUCCUUGUGGUAUUUUCUUAAGAAAGUGAAAGGUUUUUUGAUCACUUAGGCCCAGGGAGCCAGUAUGUUACAGCUCUUCAGUAGCCUCUCCUAGAGCUCAAGUGAAAUGUGCUAAGACUGUUUCUAUAGGUGUAAUCUUCUCUUACAGCAAUGUUCUAUUGUAUCUUCUUCAUGGGUAAGAAGACUUUAACUACAAAAGGCACAUGACUUUGUAUAAUAUAAUCUACAAGAUACAGCAAUGAAGCAUGUCCGUGUUGAUCCAUUCAGAAGUAUCAUAGGCUUUGAACUAAUCUGUAAGUGUGUAUGAAUUCCCCUCCUCUAAAUACCUUCGUACAUCAGGAAUUCUAUUACAGUUAAAGUCUUUGGUGAAAAUUAAUAGGUAUUCAUUUUGUAUGUAAAAUAUUAUUCUGCAAAAAUGUAUGCUUUAUGCUUAGUGAAUGGGUCUUUGACAUUAGGGAAUGUGAUACAGGUUCUUAUUUAUACUGUGUAGUCAGAAACGUUGCUUAAUUUUCUUCAUGACCUAUAGCCCAGUGGUGUUUGUUAUUAGACUGAAUGGGAAAUUGUGGGCUAAUACACAAUGUAUUAUGUAUAAUGAAAAAUUGACCAUCUAUAUCUCUGUCGUUGUAGGCUUAUUAAAGUGAAUUUCUAACUCUCCUAGAGAUGUUCUGAAAUUAAGGGCAGGGUGUUCAAAAGUUGGAGUACAUAUAUUGCUAAGUGACAAUUUCCAUAGUAAUCAAUGGACAGACUAGACUAGACUAGUGAUUUCCAAAUGGCAGAAUACAUGAUUUCACAGUACCCAUCACUGACACACGUUUCCCCAUUUAAGUGUAUUGAAGAGUAAGGAAAUACCAAUCAGAAACUUGCUUAAGUAUAGCAUAAUCACCCCCUCCCUGGAUUAGAUGUAUUUACCAGCAUCCUCAUUUAUCUGUUAGCAUUACCCUGGUAUAAUAUUGAUUCAAGAUGCUGCUAGGCAAUGCACAUUUCCAAAAGCAUAGAUUCUAUGUUGGUGGUUAUCUACUUGCAAGAUAUAUCAAAUCUCCAUUGUCAACAAGGAAAGGUUUAAACAAAACUCAUUAGUUACUAAGCUUAAAGACAAUCUCAUUAAAGGGACACUGAAGGAAAAUGCUUGUAUAUAGGAAGUCUAUUUGUACAGUGUUCUUUGUGAACAUUUGUCUUUAGAACAUACAAUGGGAACCAACACUCCAUUAAAGGAAGACUAUCCAUCACAUAUUUAAGAUAUAAUGGCCAUAUUUCAUUUUCCAUUGCAAAGUAAUCAGAGUCCUCCACUCCACACCUGAAAGUUCUCCACUAAGAGGCUCCCUCCCCACAAAAACAAGGUUUGCAUUAUUGUAUUUCCAUGUUUGUAUUGUGGUUGUACAUGUACAACCCAAAAGGCGUACAGUAUGUGUAUCAAUUCCAACGUCUCCUUUAAGCUCCCAGCAUGCCCAUGUAAUAUGUCAUUGCAGGACAUGAUAUUAGAGUCUUAUUAUAGAAUAAGGUGUGGGCAAGAGUGUCAACAGAAAGAUGAUCAAAGAUGGAGAAAAAUUACUUUUGCAGCAUACAUACAUACAUACAUAGUAUAUGGAUAGAGGCAGGGGGGUGGCCUAAACAUUUUAAAACUGUGAUGUGGUUUUACAUCACUUUUAAUAGCAUCAACGUAUAAUUUUGCCAGAACCCAAUUACUAUUUCACAUUAUAUUUUUUCUUCUCAUAGCCAUUGGGAUCCCCACUAUCAGAACAGUGUAGCCAAAGUACUUGGUCUUAUAUGUGCUCUAUAUCAGAUCAAUUUGUUUUAAUAGAUACAUUGGCCAUAGAUGAACUAAAGGCUGCUAACGUGGACACUAAAUUGUAUUUUAUAAUAAACAAGCACUGAUCAAUGUU